AUGGCGCAUAAAGGAGUUCAGCUAGAGCGGGAUGCAAUCUGCUGUUCAAUCUGUCUGGAUCUACUCAAGGAACCGGUGACUAUUCCCUGUGGACACAGCUUCUGUAUGAACUGUGUUGAAGCCCACUGGGACACAGAGGAUGAGGAGAGGAUCUACACCUGCCCUCAGUGUAGGCAGACCUUUGAACCACGGCCUGUCCUCAUGAAAAACACCACCUUAAUAGAUUUAAUGGAGCAACUGAAGAAGGCUGGACUCCACGCUAAACCUAAACCUGAAGAUGUGGCCUGUGAUGUUUGCACUGGGAGGAAACUGAAAGCUCUCAAGUCCUGUUUGGUUUGUUUAGCCUCUUACUGUGAGGAACAUCUACAGCCUCAUCAUGACUCGCAUCCUUUAAAGAACCACAAGCUGAUUGAACCGUCCAUGGGGUUCCUGGAGAACAUCUGCUGCCGUCAUGGUGAGGUGAUGAAGAUGUUCUGCCACACUGAUGAGCAGGGUGUCUGUCACAUCUGCUCCGCGGAUGAACAUAAAGGCCACGACUCAGUGUCGGCUGCAGCAGAAGUGACGGAGGAGCAGAGACAGCUCCAGCUGAGUGAUAAAGAAUUCCAGCAGAGACUCAAGGACAGAGAGAGAGAUGUGAAGGUGCUGGAACAGGAGGUGGAGGCUUUCAAUUCCUCUGCCGAUAAAGCAGUGGAGGACACUGAGAAGAUCUUCACUGAGCUGGCCCCUGAGCUGGUGCGUCUCUUGGUGGAAAGCAGCUCUGAUUUGUCUCAGCAGAUCAGAUCCCAGCAGGGAAGUGAACUGAGCCAUGUCAGAGAGUUUCAUGAGAAGCUGCAGCAGGAGAUCGUCGAGUUGAAGAGGAACGAAGCUGAACUUCAGCAGCUCUCACGCGCGGGGGAUCACAACCAUUUCCUACUCGGAUUCCCGUCGACGCGGUCGUCUAGCGUCACUGUUCGUCCUCUGAGCUGCUUUGAGGAUGUGACGGCAGUUGUUUCGCAGAUUCGGGGUCAGCUACUGGACGUCCUGACUAAAACAUGGACAAACCUCUCGUUGAAAGUGACUCAAGUCAAACUUUCACUGCCUCAACCAGAGCCCAAGACCAGAGCUGAAUUCUUAAAAUAUUCACAGGAAAUCACACUGGAUCCAAACACGGCACACACAUGUCUGUUGUUAUCUCGGGGGAACAAAAAGGUGACAGUGACGAGAGAAAGUCAGUCUUAUAGCGGUCACCCUGACAGAUUUACCUACUGGUGGCAGGUCCUGAGUCAAGAGAGUCUGACUGGAUGUUGUUACUGGGAGGUGGAGUGGAGAGUCGAGGGUGUCGCUGUCUCAGUCGCAUACAAGAAUAUUUGCAGGUCUGGGAGAUCAGACGAAUGUGUGUUUGGGUUAAAUGACAAAUCCUGGGUGUUAGACUGUUACCCAAACAGGUUUGACUUUUAUUUCAACAGCGUCAACACUAAUGUCUCGGGGCUCGUGUCCCCCAGAGUGGGCGUGUACCUGGACCACAGCGCAGGACUCCUGUCCUUCUACAGCGUCUCUGACACCAUGACUCUCCUCCACAGAGUCCAGACCACGUUCACUCAGCCUCUCUAUGCUGGCGUUGGUUGUUAUUAUUAUGGCGACACCGCUGAGUUCUGUCAACUCAAAUAG